AUGGCCGUCCUCGGCUGGUCAUGGCCACUGGCCAUUCUCAGCUGCUACGCUCAGGAGGAUUUGGCGCUCCCCUGGCACUAUGCCGGGCAGCUGAAUUCCUCGUUACACGCAAAGUUCUAUGUCCUCCGGCCACCUCCCGAGCUGCGAAAGCUGCAAGGCCGAGACUUCGAGUGCGAGUACUUUGGGCACAUGUAUAGCUUUGAAUAUAUGUAUCCGGACUUCUUCGAGUUGAACCGUCAGUUCCUGGCGCCUUCAGCGGAGGAGGCGGACUUCGUGGUGCUGGAGCACUGCGUGACCUAUGCGUAUCAUGUGCUGCGCUAUGGAGCUGGCUACAACACGGUGAAGUUAACAUGGGAAGCACUUCGCAUUGUUCAGGAAUCGUAUUUGAUGCCCAUCAUUCAUUGGGCCGAGACGACGCCGGCGUAUCAGAAGUUUCAGGGCAGGAACUUUGUGAUCGUCUUCGCGAUGGACAAAGGCCGCGUAGAUUAUCCCAUCGCUUCACGAGCGACUCAACAUUGGCACGCCAUCACCACUGUGGGAAAUGGAACGACGUGGAUGAAGAGGAACCAGCCUUGGCUGUUGCCUGAAUCGACUGGUGGAGUGGAUCCUUGCAGGGGCCGCACCAGCACGUCGAAAAGGCGACUCAUCUACUACGAACAGGAUGUGGUGGUUCCGGUGCCCACGGGCUUUGAAUGGACUGCCGCGGCGGAUGACGUGGAGGACCGUCACCUGCUGCUGUUCUAUGCGGCCUCGCCGAAUUCCUGUAUUCGGAGGCACAUCAGCCGCCAAUUGGCCGAGUCUCCAGAUGCUGAGGUGCUGAUCAUUCCGAAACCCAUUCCAAAGAAACCGUGGAGCGAUUUCCUGUACAGAUCCAAGUUCUGCCUUGUCCCUGAUGGCGUCUCCUCAAUUUCUGCAAGGCUGUACGAGGUUUUACUACAUGGCUGUGUGCCUGUGCUGCUGACCCACGCCUUUCAUCCGCCCUUCGAGCGCUUAGUGGACUGGCGCCGCAUCGCCGUCUUCCUCCGCAACGACGAGGUGGCAGAUGCACCGGAGAUUCUGAGAAACAUUACGGACGAGGAUUAUCUCGCGAUGCAUCGGGAGGUGGUUCGCGCCCGUCGGCUCUUGAAUGUGCACGACUUGCCUUUCUGGGUCGCCACCAAUUUGGAGCUGCAGCUCCGUUCCACGCUGCGCUGA